AUGUAUCGCAUCAGCAAUAUCUAUGUCCUCGCGGCCUUUGGCACCAUAGGCGGUGCCCUCUUCGGUUUCGAUGUCUCCUCCAUGUCCGCCUUCCUGGCAACGGAGCAGUACCUCGACUACUUCAACAAUCCAAACUCAGAUCUGCAGGGAGGAAUCACGGCGAGUAUGUCCGCCGGAUCCUUCGCCGGUGCCAUUGCAGCCGGUUUCGUCGCCGAUCACCUCGGACGAAAGAAGAGCUUGAUGAUUGCCUCUCUGAUCUGGAUCAUCGGGGCCGUCAUCCAAUGCUCCGCGCAGAACGUGGCUCAUCUGGUGGCCGGUCGAGUCAUCAGCGGUCUUUCUGUCGGCAUCACAUCCUCCCAAGUAUGCGUCUACCUAGCCGAACUGGCCCCCGCUCGUAUUCGGGGGCGAAUCGUCGGCAUUCAGCAGUGGGCGAUCGAAUGGGGCAUCCUCAUCAUGUAUCUGAUCUCCUGGGGCUGCGGCAAAGGCAUCGAAGGCCCCUCCGCCUUCCGCGUCGCCUGGGGCGUCCAAGCCGUCCCCGGCCUCAUCCUCUUCCUGGCGCUCUUCUUCUUCCCCGAGUCCCCCCGCUGGCUCGCCGCCCACGAACGCUGGGAGGAAGCCCUAGACAUCCUCGCCGACCUCCACGGAAAGGGAAACCGCAACGACCCCGUCGUGCAGGUGGAAUUCGAAGAAGUCAAGGAGGCCGCGCGGCUCGCCCACGAAGCCGAGGACGUCUCGUUCUUCGCCCUCUUUGGCCCGCGCAUCUGGAAGCGCACCCUGUGCGGCGUAAGCUGCCAGGUCUGGCAGCAGCUGCUGGGCGGUAACGUGGCCAUGUACUACGUCGUCUGGAUCUUCCAGAUGGCCGGAAUGAGCGGCGACACCUCCCUCUACUCCUCCAUCAUCCAAUACGUCAUCUUCGUCGCCACAACCGGCGUGAUCCUCCCCUACAUCGACCGCAUCGGGCGCCGCCUCCUCCUCGUCUCGGGUGCCAUAACCUGCAUGGUAAUCCAUUACGCGAUCGCAGCCGUCAUGGCCACGCGCGGCAAUCCCGUAGAUUCCAUAAACGGCAACGCGUCCCUAAAGUGGGAAAUCACCGGCGCCCCCGGCAAAGCCGUCAUCGCGCUCUCCUACAUCUUCGUCGGCGUCUACGGCCUCACCUGGGCGCCCACAGCCUGGAUCUACGCGUCCGAGGUCUUCCCGCUCAAGUACCGCGCCAAGGGCGUCGGCUUAUCCGCAGCAGGAAACUGGAUCUUCAACUUCGCGCUCGCGUACUUCGUUGCGCCGGCCUUCACGAACAUCCAGUGGAAGACGUAUAUCAUCUUCGGCGUGUUUUGUACAGUCAUGACGUUCCACGUCUUCUUCAUGUACCCUGAAACCGCGCAGCGGAGUCUCGAGGAGAUCGACCUGAUGUUCGAUAGCGAUGUGAAGGCGUGGCGGACGGGGAAGAUCCAAGAGCGGUUUACGGGUGAGGUGGAGAGGCAGCGGAAGCAGAGUGUUGUGGAGGAGCAGGUUGGCGAUGCGAGUCAUAAGGAGGAGGUCUAG